CUUGGGGGUUGGGGGGUCCUUAUCUUGUAGUUUUCCAAGUAAAAGCCUCGACCUUAUUGGACUCUAUAAAGCUGGGUUGGGCGGAGUUUCACUGCUUUAGCUAGCUGCAAUUCUCCCGACCUCUUUGUUUGCUUUUGUCAGCUAUCUUCUAGUUUUGUGGGUCUCUCGCUCCACGAGAGUAGCUAUGUCUACUCCAAAGAGUUUAUACUCGUAUGGUGAAGAAGAUGUUGAACUAAGAAGAGGACCAUGGACUCUUGAAGAAGACACUCUUCUCAUCCAUUACAUUGCUUGUCAUGGUGAAGGUCGUUGGAAUCUGUUAGCCAAGUCUUCAGGAUUGAAGAGGACUGGCAAGAGUUGCAGAUUGAGAUGGUUGAAUUAUUUGAAACCAGAUGUCAAACGAGGAAACCUUACUCCUGAAGAACAGCUCUUGAUUCUUGAACUUCAUUCGAGAUGGGGAAACAGAUGGUCUAAGAUUGCACAACAUCUACCAGGAAGAACAGACAAUGAGAUCAAGAAUUACUGGAGAACAAGGGUGCAGAAACAAGCGCGGCAUCUCAAGAUUGACGCCAAUAGCGCCAGGUUUCGUGAUGCGAUCAGAUGCUUUUGGAUGCCUAGAUUGCUUCAGAAGAUAGAAGACUCUUCUUUAGCCAUGAUAAAUCAAAACUCAUCAUCGAGUCCUAUACCACUCAACCUGCAGAUCCCUCAGCCAUCACCUCUCCCACCACCUCCAGAGGUGUCUCUUAGCGUCAGUGAACCGACUGACAGUAUCAAUCUUCAAGAGAAGAAUUGCACCAGUCCAAGCAUAUCUUCUUCAGACUCCAUGAACAUCUCCAAAUUCCCUGAAUUUUCAGAAUACCCAACAACUUCAAGUCUUCUUCUCCAUGACUUUGGUAACAUUGUCUACAACCCAUAUGUCGACAACAGCAGCUAUGACAUGGACGACUUCAACACGUCUGUUAUGUCACUACAGGGAGGAUAUGAGGCCUCUGAUUGCCACAUGGCUGAAAGUAAUUGGGUUGGCAACGACGUGGCCGAAAGCAUAUGGAGCAUAGAUGAGUUAUGGCAGUUCAGAAAGUUACAAGACAGGGGCAUUUAGUGUUUGUCAUCAUCUGAUAAUCCAUUGUUGAUCCAGUCUGUGAUAUAGAUAGGUCUUCUGUAGCAAGUUCAGGUUUAUUGGUGGGAAAGGAAUUUUUCUAGUUCUGUUCCAAAGCUGAUUAAAGUUGGGAACUGUUUGAUGUAUUUAUCUCUUCAUUAUCGUUUUCUUUAUUUUUUUUAUUUUUUGGCUUCACUAAUUUCAAGUAGUGGGGGGGUGAAGAAGGCGCCGGCGAUGACAUUAUUUGCCUCUUGACUAAAAGACUCAACCCCAACUAUGAGCAUCAAUAUUAUAUA